AUGGCUUCAAUCGCCUUGAGCUCACGUACAAGUAGGGAAAAGAUUGAGAGGUGGCAACAGGAGAUAUCUCCAAAGCCAGAGGGAGACCAUGGAAUGAUAGCCCGCAUGCUUGAAACAUGCCUCGGGUUGCUUCGAAACUUGAUACAACAUUCCAGUCCUAAAUGGAUCACAACACCUGGGAACCGCACGCUUCGGCAAGGCUACGCUACGUUACAACUCUGGGAGCAUGGCCAUGGAGUAGCUGGAGGAAGACUUGAUGAUCACCUCAAGCGAUCAACGGAAGUUCGACAAGCAACCAUCGAGAUCCUGAUCCAUUUGUGCAGACAUCUAUUAGACGGAAUUUCGAAUUUCGUCUUACCGCAGGUGAACGAUGCCUCAGUCCGACGUCAGCACACAGCAGCCUCAGAGUUCUAUAGUGAAUGGAAAUGGUACUUGAAAGCUGCCGACGAGAACUCAAGCGAGGAUGAAAGCGACAGUGGCGACGAUCACGAAGAAGAAGAUAGCUUGCCAAGACGAGCAGAUAUGAUGAUUCGCAGAACGAAGACAUAUGUAAAUUGCUUGAUGGGUCUUGGUACUGCCUUGGAAUGCCCAGCUCCGGAUGAAUUCCACGACGAUGAGCCUGGCGUGGUAGGGGUGGGCCCACGUUUUGCGCACGACUAUCACACUGAUCUGAUACAAGCGAAGUACCCAAAAGCUGAAGUACAUUUAGUGCAGGUUUUGGGCAAAAUCAGCUGGUCACGUUUCUUACGUAUGCAACGUGAGCGCGACAACAAUACCGCUGCGAUGCCUGAGCUACAUGGCUUGCUAGCACCCCUUGCUACCAAAUCCACUGGCCUUAGUUCUGAAUUUCAGGAUUCAGGAAUUGGCACUUCUCUCGCAAAACCACAGUCAUCGUAUGCGGAGUCGACUGUAUCGUUCAUGACAAGCGUAUCGGGUGGCGAGCGAGUCCGCAUCCCACCGCUGCAAGCAGAAGGGAAAAAUGGUCAACCCUUUGAGUGUAUCGCGUGCGCAAAACUCGUACGGGCAGAGAACAAUCGCGAAUGGAGGAAGCACCUCUUUAGCGAUUUGCAACCAUAUAACUGCUUCUAUCGUGAAUGCCAUUUCAACGCAAUCGCAUUUACGAACCUUCAAGCUUGGAAGAAUCAUCUAGAAUUCGAGCACAAUUUUGGACCUGCAUGGGAAGCAAUUGAAUGUCCACUCUGUUUGAAUCUUACAGCAGAUGGAAAGAACGCCAUCUUAACGCAUUUUGCGAGACAUAUGGAAGAUGUUGCUCUUUUGGCUCUACCACCAGCUGUAGAACCAGAUGCUGAGUCAGACACAAGCAGAGAUACACACUUUGAUAUCAACGAAGUGGUUCCAACACCCCCAAGGGAGUCGGAACCAGCUCGAUCGCCAAGCAACCCGCCCUCAUCUCCGCAUUUAAAUGCGCAACCACGACCACAAUCAGAUGUUCUACCACUAAAUUGGGAGUCAGGAGAUUUGCCGAAUCUACAGAAGAUCAGUGGUCUCUUAGAUAUGGAUAUCCGCGAUUUUCAACAAGACCAGUCCGGAUGGGAAUCAGAUGAAUUGCCUGUUAAACAAAAGAUCAGGGAACUUCUGGACAAAAAACCCGAUGAGCUUGAACAGAAAUCUGCAGUUAAAAUAUCAGAAGAAUGGCAGCAUCUUCGGCGGUAUGUGGAACGUAUUGAAAAGCUCUCGAGCAAAAAGGUACGCGAGAUACGCGAGCGUCUGGCAAAGGCUUCAGACUGUGAAGCAGAAAAGUCGCGAAAUCAACAGAAAUUCAGAGAGCUCUGGGACAAGAAGGGACUCAAUGAUAGCCAAGAACCGCCGGGCCGUGCUGACUAUGUUCGAUAUCCCAUUAAACGAGCCAAGCGGACGUUCGAGGGUGACACUACCAUAAUGAGCGGCUAUCUUCAACUUGAGUCUUUCGCAGGAGGCAUAUAUCUCGUGGUUGUGGGUCAAAAUGAGCCUCAUAACCAGUUACUAAGAGAGCAGCUAAGCAAGGGCAUUGAAUGCCGAAGGGCUGGGGAAGCAACACUUCUCUGUACCCAAAAGAAUGGAACGGGUCUGUUACUCGAUUUCCAAGAUCCCAACGACUGUCAAUCCGUUUGGAUACAUAUCAAAGAGGCAAUAGACGACCCUAUACAUGCAUAUCGAAUAGAUAGUACUGAAGAACCACGCGAGCUGGCUUCUCUGCCGCAUACGAACCUUACGACUCCACCAGAACAUGCAACAAACUUGUCAAGUAUCGCCGGUGGCAAUACAUUGAUACCCUAA